CUCAACGCUUGCCACCAGCUGCCUCAGGAAACAGAUUUAAUCCAUAAUAUGCUGUCCUUUAAGACAGGUGGGAGGGAGAACAGCGCGAGAAAGCAGGAAAUGGGGGCGGGGCCACAGGCCCUUCGCAAACUGUCGCCCGGAAGGCGGGGCCAAAGCGGUUAAUAGGGAAUCGCACGGCACUACGACCCAGAGCCCCGCCUCCUGCGCAGUCAUUGGUUCCCGCCGCCCCCGCCCUCCGGUGAAUGACAGAGGGGCUCGAGGGCGGGGUACCGCCGCUGCCGCUAUUCCCCCCGCCAUGGGGCCGCGUCUGCUGCUGCUCGCCCUCUUGUGCAGGGCAGGAGUCUGGGCCGCCGAGACGCCGAUGACACCGUCCGUGAUGAACGGGAGCAGUCUGGUCGUGUCUGCGGCUCCUCACAACGAAACCAGACUGGUCCUGCCGGGCUCUGGGCUAGGACAGAUGGUGAAGCGCUCUUUUUACGUGCUGAUUGGUUUCUGUGGACUGGCUGCGCUCUAUUUCCUCAUCCGGGCAUUCAGAAUAAAGAAACCGCAACGGAAGAAGUAUGGUCUGCUCUCAAAUACAGAUGACCACAUGGAGAUGGCUUCAGUGGAGAGCGAUGAAGAGACGGUCUUUGAGACGAGGAACUUGAGAUGUCAUCUCCAGGCUAAACACCUUGGCUCCCUGAGAUGCUUUCUGAUCUACAGUCUGAUCUACAGUCAUGGCUCCUGAGCAUGGUUUGGGCCUGCCUGUUGUUAGGGCUGGGUUUAGAGCUGGAAGGGGCUUCGGCGAUCUUCUGGUCCUACUCCCUUAUUGUGCAGGUGAGGAGAGAGCCGGGCCUUGCUGAAGGGCCCCCCAGCCAGAUGAAGAGCUGGAGUCCACCGUGGUGGCAGCGCAGAGCAAUCCAGAAAGGGGGAAGAGGGUCCGCAGGCACAGAAUGCCAAGAAAAUCCGAGACUUAUUUUUUUAAUGGUUCUAUACAAUGCAGUGUUUCUAAGGGGGGAGGGAAUGUUGGGAGAUGUUUUUGCACUUGGGAUAUGUUGGGAAAUGCGGGAAAGGAGGAGUGGGGGUCAGAAGCGGUAUUCCAAAUCAUAGCUUUCACUUGGCCAGAUGUGGGCUUCUGCAGGGGGAAGCUCAGCUGUCUCUGCCUUCUCAGCUCUCAGGUUUGAAGAGCUUGCCCAGAUCCCCUGCCCCUCUCCUGAUGCUGCUCCUGUUCCUGUGCUAACAUUCCCAGUUCGGAUCAGGGCUGAAAACCCUACUGAGACAGCUGGGGUUCUAUCUGGAAUGUUGGAACAUGAAUGGUGCUGCCUGGAGGAAGGGGAAAGUGUGGGAUUAGGUCCUAGCAGGUUCACUUCUCCCCAUCUAAGAGCAGCUUAGGAGAAGGAGUGGGGGAUGGAGAGAGGAGUGGUCUCUGUCUGCUCACUACAAGUCAUUGACUAGACCAAGCAGAACGUGGCACUGGGGACCGUCUCCCCUCUCCACACUCGACCAGAUGGCUUCUGGGUCUCCGAGCUGCCAGAAACCAAAGCCAGCAUGUCCCUCAGAGAAGGCUAUGGCCUGGCUCUGGGAUCUCCCAUGAGGCCUGGUGCAGCUGAGGACCAUGUUCUAGAUUCUCCCUUGGAGACCCGGAGUCAGAAAAAGGGACCCACGGAAGAGGACCUGGGGUUAGUUUUGCUGUGGCUCUUUCUCCUAUCUGCCUUCUUUCUCCUCGAGUCCUUUCUAUAUGAAGGGAGAGGAGAACAUCUCUGAACCUCACCACAUGCCCACAUGCCCACUGGUCAGCCCUGCCUAAGGGAAGUCUUAUCUGCGAUCCAGGGACUCUGACUCCUGCACUGUCCACACUUGGGUUUGGGGGGAGAAAGUCCGCUCCAGAUCUGUUCUCUCUGGAUGGGGACUCCGGGGCAUCUUCCUUCUGGGACCACCUUGCUCUCUCCCAGGCAUGGAGCAAGCCUUUUACUUUGUAUAUUUGGGUAUUUUGGUUUCCAAGAGACUUAAGUCUCCUGUUGGGGGACCAGCACCCCACAGUAUUUGCUUCAUCAAGGGUGCUCAGUAAAAGCUGCUGAUUGUAAAUAAAGCAAGCGUGGCCGAGUGCAGUGACCUUCUCCCUUUGGCACGCAGGGCACGGACUCCAUUCCUUUGCCCAGGUCUCCGCUCCAUCUGCUUCGAAGUCAGAUCUCCCAUGAAUCCUGCUUUGUCUCUCACUGCUCUGAACGUGUCCCUGGGUGGUGGAAUGAGAAGGAAAUAAUACCAAUUAUUAUUCUUCACAUGUUUA